CGCGGACGCGAAGUUUCUUAGGGCUAAAUCUACUUAAUCAAAACCCGCAACAAAACAGUGGGGGAACCAUUUUUCUUCGUCGACGAACCAGCACUCCGCUCUCCGUCGGACGCCGUCCACCAUUGUCAGCCCUUCGUGGUUGUUCUCGGGCAAGUAGUGAGGAAGGUUCGAACUCUACCCAAAAUCCGAGUGCUUGUAACGUGUAGGGUUAAUGGCGUCUAAGUUGCAGCAGUUGCAAUCCAAAGCUUGUCAAGCAUCACAAUUUGUAGCCAAGCACGGAAAUUCUUACUACAAGCAGUUGUUGGAGCAGAACAAAGAAUACAUUCAGGAGCCCCCAACAGUGGAGAAAUGCCAGUUGCUGGCAAAGCAGCUGUUUUACACUCGUCUUGCUAGCAUUCCUGGUCGAACUGAGUCUUUCUGGAAGGAGCUUGAUUUUGUCAAGAAUUUAUGGAAGAGCAGGCAAGAACUAAGGGUAGAAGAUGCUGGGAUUGCGGCUUUGUUUGGCCUGGAGUGCUUUGCAUGGUUUUGUGCCGGUGAGAUUGUAGGAAGGGGAUUCACUUUCACUGGUUACUAUGUCUGAGAAUAACCAGUUUUGGGUGUGGUAACAUUCCCUGGAUUUGCACUGCUGAUUGAUAAAUUGUAAGCAACAUGGGGCGUUCUGGAAGCCAAUUUUUGUUAUUCUUUUAACAAAGGCUGAGAACCUAGCAGCUAACAUUGCUUAGUCUCAAUAAUCCCUUGAGUUGAAAGCAGGAUGGACGACCUUGCUUUGUUAUUCUGUUGAGAAUCAUGGUACUUACUGCAAUUUUUGUUGAGAUCAUUGGCUCUUGAAUUCU